CUGAUUCUGAUGGCCGAUGAAGCUCAAUGAUGCGAGCGUUUGGUGGCUGCCUACAAUUCAGGCAGCUAGCUCACCUAACUGCGUCUGUCCCCAGUAUACCGGAGUUGGUCAGGCCUGUGACAGAAGCAGUGAGAUAAGCCAGCGGAUGAAUGGAAAAAGUUCUCCGAGUCAAGCACACAAUGCGAAUCCUAAGGGCGUUGGGGAGCGAGCAAAGAGGAUCGAUUGACUUGGAUUCCAGCCAAAAAGGUUGUCCAUUGUUUAUGCUCGAUAGCGUGGUAGGCGUACGUGCAAGCGAAGCGGAGGGCAAUAGAAUACUGCAACUUAGCUUUUGGGAAUCAAAGCAAUGGAGGGAGAGAGUGCAGGCGUGGCCUCGGGAGAAGGUGGCCAGGUUAGCCUUGAUAAUAAUGGAGGCAAACCUCCCUCCCAUUUAUAAGUAGCAGUUGCUUUGGCAAGGCAAGUCAAAUUUGCCACCUCUCCUUCUUCUUCUCCUUCUUCUUCAGCUGAGGUCCUCUGCUCUGUUUUAAAACGGAUAGUCUGCGUCGACUGAUUUCAUCCGCCUCCAGAUUUUAGACUAGGAAAAUUAAACAGAAACUCGAGAAGACAGAGAGGUCGAACAUUGAAAAUGUCGCCUCGUGAUCAAAUUUCCAUUAGAGAUUUCGAGCUUCAUGAUGGAAGAGAAGACAUCUUCUUCGACUCAUUCGACUUCCUCGAGACUUCUUUGGACUCUGAACCAUCCACAUCUUACCUGGACGAGAAGAUUUCUAAUGAAUUUUGGGCAACAGAAUUGUCGGCUGUUCAUGAAAGAUGUCAGAAAUUCUUACGCGAAACAGGCUUCGACAAACUAUUCUCGACGGAAACAGGAUGCCCCGAAGAACCAAAAGUAGGAACGAAUGUUUCACUGCAGCAAAUGGAGAUCCCUGUCCACAGUGGAGAGGAUCAUUCCAUUUCUAUGAAGACUGAAGGCACAGAAACGACGAUGCUGGCUGAACUUGGCUCAAAUAGGACAUGCAAGCCUGGUGGCGUGCACACUGAUAAAGCUGUGAAAGGAAACACAAACCGAAGAAAAAGAUGGUGGGCAAGCUUGUCGACAAAGAAGAAAGUAAGCUCCCAUGAUAGCACAGAGAUCACAGGAUUUCGCAUGGUACAGGAAAUUGCUGCACACAAAGGUCUGAUCAGGACCAUGAAGUUGAGCCCCUGUGGGAUGUAUCUGGCCACUGGUGGUGAAGACUCUGUUGUUCGGGUAUGGAAGGUCAGAGAACUCGAUGAUCUUAACGUUGAGGGAGUUCCACUGCAUGAAUAUUUUGGGCAUACCAGCGACAUCUUGGACCUGUCAUGGUCUAGGUCUAAAUAUCUUCUUUCAACAUCCAAGGACAAAACUGUUCGAAUGUGGAAAAUUGGCUGCAAGAGCUGCGUUAAAGUGUUCUACCACAACGAUUAUGUGACCUGCAUUCAGUUCCAUCCUCUGGACGAUGCGUACUUCAUCACUGGCUCGGUGGAUAGAAAAGUGCGCAUAUGGAGCGUCGACGAGAAUAUAGUGGUUGAUUGGGUUGACACAAGGAACAUUAUAACAGCCAUAUCUUACCAAGCUGAUGGAAAGGGUUUUGCUGUUGGAACGCUUUCUGGAAACUGCCUCUUCUAUGUCUGUUCAGGUACUUCAGCCACCAGCACUAAUCUUUCAUCACCAGCCAUGGCCGAUCUGGAGUUGGACAGACAACUCUAUGUGUGGGGUAAAAGCAAGUCGCCUGGCAAACAAAUAACUGGUUUGCAGUUCUGCCCUGGAGACUCUGACAGGAUCAUGAUCACAUCACUCGACUCUAAAGUUCGUAUUUUUGAUGGAUCUAAAAUUGUACAGAAAUUUGGAGGAACCUGGAAAUCUAGAAAGAACCAUGCAACCGCAUCCUUCACGGCUGAUGGCCGGCACAUCGUUUCAGUCGGCGAGAAAUCGAACAUCUGCAUCAGGGAAUACUGCAGUAGCAUGGGCAUUCGGUUCAAAAAGGCCACCAAGGCCGAGCAUUUCUUUUCUGAAGGUGUGACAGUGGCUGUUCCAUGGGUUACUGCUUCGCACGAGAGCAACACGCCUUCUAAUUCCAUUCCACUCGCUAAAUGCCGGAACCGAAGUUUGUUUUCUCUCGGAUCCUGUUUACGUUCCAGUGCUUCCGGCGCUGCGAGUGCUUCGGCGACAUGGCCGGAGGAGAAACUCGCUGCAGUCACUGAACACUGUCUGGCCGUUGCUACCGGAGGCUGCGAUGGAAUGGUCAGAUUGUUCAGCUCCCGCAGAUUGCCGCAGAUUGUUUAGAUAACGAAGGCAGUACUGCUUGGCAUGGUUGUUUAUUUCCAGAUUUGGGUUCGUUUUUCCCUGCCGAACAGUGGAUUCUUCGUCGUCUUUCUCGGCUCUAGUCGACAGUUUUCCAGUGCCAUGGAUGGUACUGAGUGAGGUCGGGCAAGAAGUUCUACUUUUGUCGUCAUCUGUGGAAUGGUAAACUUCUUUAGAUUAUGUUGGCAGGAUUCUUUUUAUUUUUGUUUGAUUUUUUGCCCGUUGUUAAGGGAACUGAUUUGUAUACCGUGUAAUUAAGGCCGUGAUUACCGUGGUCGAUUUAGAUAUAUAUUUUUUCUCUG